AUGUCCUGUCACCCCUCGCAGUCUCUAUAUGGCUACCCUACCUCCUCUACCCCAAGUAGGAAUGAUCCUACAUCCAGCAAAGACGUUGAAAGCUCAAGCCAUAUUGAUCUUGGCUUCUUCGAUCCAUCAGACAAACAAUCUAGCCAAGGUCGUGCAAGUACUAAUGGAGCAUGUCAACAGACCAAACUCGAGAAUACAGUACAUACUGUUGACCCAGUCAAAGGGCAAGCUGCCAUGAUAGAGCAUGUUUCUUACUCUCAACCUGAUCUCUAUACUAACAGCGGGCCCUGCCCAGCCACUACGACCUGGGAAAUAGACUCAGCCAACAUCUAUGAGUUCGUAUGGCCAUACACUGGACUUGGAAUGAGCUACUCCUCGAGCAUGUCUGAAUGGACAGCAAAUGGACAUACCGAUAUCAACGAGCCUCAUUGCGCCUCGCAGCUCUUCACGCGUCCCUUGUCACCUGACAUGAUGUACACAAAACCUGGUCAGGAUCGAAUUACUGGCUUCGCCGUCGAGACAUCCAACAUAAAAGACAUCAUCACUAAGAUUGGAUCUGUACUCCAUAAUGGCACAUUCACGUGUGAUGACGAAGGAUGCGGAGGUAAAGUCUUCACUCGCCAGGCUGAUUUGAGGCGACAUUACACGACACAUCAUGCCAUAGACAAACCAACCUUUUGGUGUCAUGUUCCGAGCUGUCGACGCAGUAUCAGAGGAAAGGGAAAAGCUUUCCGCAGGAAGGACAAGUUGAUGUCACACAUUCAGAAUAUGCAUUAUGAUGUGCAAGAAUGGCACUCUUAA